ACGAAUGUAAUUUUAGGCGAUCUCUCUGCAUGGGGUGUACAUGUCUUCCCUGGUGCGUUUCAAGUAUUUGGCCUAUUUGUUGGCAUCCGGUUGUACAACUGUCUUAACGUACUGAUAAGUGAACGUUUGACUGUUUAUUCACGCCUCUAUGCACACUUAACAUCGGGUCCAAAACCUUACAUAUUGGCGAUUUAGAUUUGUCUUGUCAAACGCCUUUUGGCAGUCACUCUAAGAUGAAAGGCUUUACGUGGAUACUCGCCGUCUUUGCCCUGCUAGUCAUCGGAUCCACCGCUGAAGAAUGCAGGGACAAAACACCGCGUUUAUGCAAUAGGUUUAAAAACAAGCAUUGUUCUGGUAAAUACGAGAGGGACGUGUUUAAGAAGCGAUGCAAGAAGAGCUGCGGCCUUUGCGAAAACAGUGAAUCCACACAAGAGACUACUGAUGAGAAAGGUAGCGAAGAAUGCAAGGAUGAAACGCCGAAAACAUGCGCUAAAUCUAAGGACAAAUAUUGUUCUGGUGUAUCUGAAUGGGACUGGUUUAAGGAACGA